AUGAAGAUCCUAUCGUGGAACUGUCGUGGGCUUGGGAACCUACUGACAGUACGGGCUCUUAAACAGCUCAUCCACUCUAAAGAUCCCGAUGUGGUGUUUAUUUCGGAGACAAAGUUACAUGAAGCGGAGGACCUUCGACAUAGAGGAUUGGGGGGUCUUUAUAACAUUUUCCCAGUUCAAUGUGCAGGUCAAGGGAGAUCUAGAGCCAGUGAUUUAUGCUUAUGGUGGCGCAGUGAACUGAAAUUGGAGGUUAGACUGGCAACAGUGGAGGUAGGGAAAGAGUUGGACUCGCUCCUGGAACAGGAGGAGGUGUGGUGGGGACAGCGAUCUAGAGCGUCCUGGCUUAAGCAUGGGGACCGGAACUCGAGGUUUUUUCAUCAGAAAGCUUCCCAGGGGAAGAAAAGGAAUAUGAUAGAGCUCAUCAAGGAUGAUCGAGGUCGUGUUACUCCUUCUCACUUGGGGAUCCUGGCGGAGCCUUUCUCGAAAGAGGAGGUGGAAGAAGCACUUUUCCAGAUGCAUCCGACGAAGGCCCCAGGAGCGGAUGGCCUUCCUGCUCUUUUCUAUCAGAAAUUUUGGCAUGUGAUUGGAGAUGAGGUAGCUGCUUUCUGCUUGCAGAUUCUCCAGGAAAAGUUUUUCCCUAAAAGAGGACUCAGACAAGGUGACCCAUUGUCCCCAUAUUUGUUUAUACUUUGUGAUGACAGUGUUUUGUUUGCACGAGCAACUAUGGAAGAGGCCCAAUGCAUAAAGAACAUUCUUGGUGCUUUUGAGCGUGCUUCUGGACAGCAGAUUAAUUUUGACAAAUCAAUGCUUUCUGCGAGCCGAAAUGUGCAUGAUAAUCGAUUCAAUGAAAUUAAGCAACUUUUGCAAGUAAAGGCGGUUGGAAGCUAUGAUCGAUAUUUGGGUUUACCGACUAUCGUAGAUAUUGAUCAUAUGAUUUCGAGAUUUUAUUGGGGUGGUGAUUCAACUUGUCGUGGUCUCCAUUGGACAAAAUGGGAGAAUUUAUGUAAGAGCAAGGUGGAAGGAGGAAUGGGGUUCCGAGACUUUAAGUCUUUUAACAUGGCCUUAGUAGGGAAGAAUUGGUGGCGUAUCUACACCCGCCCUGAAAGCUUGGUGGCUCGGAUUUUUAAAGGUGUCUACUUUCCUAGAAGUUCAUUGCGAGAUGCAAAAAAAGGGUACCGUCCAAGCUAUACAUGGACUAGUAUUUUAAAAACAAGCUGGGUUUUUGAACGAGGGGGGCUUUGGAAGAUUGGUGAUGGUUCACAGUUCAUACAUGGAAUGAUAAUUGGGUGGAGGACAGAUUUGAUUGAGCUUGUCUUUAAUCCUAGCACUGCAGCUCGUAUAUUAUCAAUCCCUUUAGGGGUGCAUGGUGGCCCGGAUGAGUUCCAUUGGCCUAGCACUACCAAUGGUCAUUACACAUGCAAGGAAGGAUACAAGAACAUGAGAAACCUUCUGUCCAUGGCUGAAGCUUCAUCUUCCACGGCUGUCACGUUAGAGGCCAAGUUUUGGAAUUUUUUCUGGUCAUCCCGAGCUCUCCCACGAUGCAAGGAGACACGUUGGAGGGCUAUCCAAGGUUACUUACCCUUGAAAGAGAGGUUGUUUAGCCGUCGAGUUGAUGUGGAUCCAGGAUGCCCUUUUUGCGCGACGGAGAGGGAGAAUGAGGACCAUCUAUUCAUCCAUUGUCCAGCAGCGAAGCAUGUAUGGUUUGCUUCUCAACUUGCUGUCCACAUGGCAUAUUUCUCCACUUUUCGUGAGCUUUGGCUUGCGGUUUUGGAGCUGCAUGAUGAGGAGGUCUAG